AAAAAUAUAUUAGAAACCAUUGUUCCUCAUCCAGCUGAUGGCUCGAUCUAGGGACGUCCGUCGGCGGAGUCGCUCUCGCUCUCGGGAGCGCCGUCGGUCACCCCCUUCAUCCCGAAGACACACCCGUAGCCGUAGCAGGUCCCAGUCACGCCGUCGUCGCAGUCGCAGCGCUAAUAGAAUCUCCAAUAUCUCGCAUCGCUCCCAUCACUCUCGUCGCAGCCCGGAUCGACUCUUUGCGCCACGUUCUCGCGAUUCUGAGCGCGAUUCCAGCCUCACUCGCGUGUCUCUAUUAGGUCUCGACAAACUAGCAGCCGAAAAGCGCCAAGAGCGUGGAAUUCGCAGCUCUGAAGACCCUCAUACAACUCCAAACCGACCACAACGUGAAUCCGUAAGAACUUCGUCAUUAUCACGCUCUGAGCGCUCAUUAGGACUCAACUCCAGUGAUUGGGACGCCCCAGACCGUCUACAGAGUGUUGAGAGUGCUCAAGAGCAUUCAGAAGAGUCAGAUACGCCCAAAACAAGCGACGGGAGCAGGUAUAACAGAUCCAGCAGCUCUCGAGAGGAAAUUAACAGUAGACGCCGCAGAAGCAGCAGCACCAGCACAUGGACGGAAGAGAGAGGCUCUUUACCCCCUAAUAGAGGCACGUACAGACCCCGGGACAAGCUGGAAGCCCCUAAAAAGCAGUACGACGACCAAGUAGAGGAGGAUUUCGACCGCGAGUUCUACUUAAACGACGAUGCUGGGGGCAUCGAGGCCCACGAAGGCCACGUGUUCCUCGGUAAUGAGGAGAAGUUCAAGGCUUUAGAGCAGCAAUUAGAGCAAACGCGAGCUCGAGGAGACAAUAAACUCAAGGGCAUGUCGGCCAGAGCGUCCGCUCUAUCCGCCGAUCAAGAGGCGUGGGAGAAGAACCGACUAUUAACCAGUGGCGUCGUGGCUUCUGGCCGCGUAGACACAGAUUUUGACGAUGAAUUGGACUCGAGGGUCCAAAUUAUGGUCCACAGUACCAAACCGCCUUUUUUGGACGGACGAGUAUCCUUCACGACACAAGUGGAGAUGGUAGCAACGGUAAAAGACCCGACGUCUGACAUGGCUGUGUGUGCGAGGAAAGGGAGCGAGUUAUUACGUGAAGUGAGAGAGCAGCGUGAACGUAACAAGAUGAGGAAAAGGUUCUGGGAGAUUGGAGGUUCUCGGAUGGGCGACGCGAUUGGCGUUAAGAAAGAUGCUGGAUCGGAUGAAGAAGAAGAAACAAAAGAAGAAGAAGAAUCUGAAAAUUACAAGCAGGACUCGCAGUUCUCGACGCACUUGAAGAAACAGAAGGCGGUCAGUGUGUUCGCCAAGACGCGUACACUGCGUCAACAACGCGAGUUUCUGCCUAUUUUCCAGUGUCGAGAAGAAUUGCUGCAGGUGAUUCGAGAGAAUCAGAUCGUUGUGAUUGUGGGUGAAACGGGAUCAGGUAAGACUACGCAGCUUACGCAGUAUUUGCAUGAAGAGGGAUACUCUCAGUUUGGGAUGAUCGGAUGUACCCAACCACGUCGUGUAGCUGCCAUGUCGGUGGCUCAGCGUGUCAGUGAGGAGAUGGAGGUUACGCUCGGGGAAGAAGUGGGUUACGCUAUUCGAUUCGAAGACCUUACAUCGGACAAGACGAUCAUCAAGUACAUGACGGAAGGAGUGCUAUUGAGAGAGUCUCUGCGCGAGUCUGACCUCGACUCGUACUCGUGUGUCAUCAUGGAUGAAGCCCACGAACGUGCGUUGAACACUGACGUGCUGUUCGGUAUUUUACGCAAAGUAGUGCAACGUCGCAGCGACUUUAAACUGGUCGUGACGUCUGCUACGUUAGAUGCUGACAAGUUCGCCAAUUUCUUCGGUGGCGUACCCAUGUUUACGAUCCCUGGUCGUACAUUCCAUGUGGAUACACGCUACGCCAAGUCUCCGAGUGAGGACUACGUGGACGCAGCAGUGAAGCAGGUCAUGCAGAUCCAUCUAUCUCAUCCUCCAGGUGACAUUCUGGUGUUCAUGACAGGUCAAGAAGACAUCGAAGCGACGUGUUACGUGUUGGCAGAUCGAAUGGGUAAGUUAGACGGUGCUCCUCCCCUCAUGGUUCUCCCCAUGUAUUCCCAACUACCAGCUGAUCUACAGGCAAAAAUCUUCGACGCCUCUGACAUCCGGAAGUGCAUUGUAUCGACGAAUAUCGCCGAGACUUCGUUGACUGUGGACGGUAUCAAGUACGUGAUCGACACGGGAUUCUGCAAGGUUAAAGUGUAUAACCCCAAGAUCGGCAUGGACGCUCUGCAGGUUAGUCCUAUCAGUCAACAGAACGCUAAUCAGCGUGCCGGUCGUGCCGGACGUACCGGUCCUGGUGUCGCCUACCGGUUAUACACACAACGUCAGUUCGUCAACGAGCUACUGGAAGCGCAGAUUCCAGAGAUCCAAAGAACAAACUUGGGGUACGUCGUGCUGCUGCUCAAGUCUCUAGGCGUUUCUAACUUACUGGAGUUCGAUUUCAUGGAUCCGCCUCCUCAAGAUAACAUCACUAACUCCAUGUACCAAUUGUGGGUACUAGGAGCGUUGGAUAAUACCGGCGAACUGACUGAAAUCGGGAAGAAGAUGGUGGUGUUCCCACUGGAUCCACCUCUAGCGAAGAUGCUGUUGUUCAGCGAACAACUGGGGUGUACUGCUGAGGUGCUCAUCGUUGUGAGUAUGCUGUCUGUUCCCAGUGUAUUCUUCCGUCCCAAAGAUCGAGAAGAAGAGAGUGACGCUGCAAGAGAGAAGUUCUUUGUACCAGAGAGCGACCACCUUACGCUGUUGAAUGUGUAUCAACAAUGGGAGUCCAACCGCCACUCUGCGCAGUGGUGUUCGGACCAUUUUAUCCAUGCGAAAGGCCUUCGUAAAGCUCGUGAAGUGAGGGAGCAACUAGCGGAUAUUAUGAAGCAACAACAUGUGCGUCUUCGGUCAUGUGGAGGACGUUGGGAUGUCGUUCGGAAGGCCAUUUGCUCUGCGUAUUUCUACAACUCGGCGCAGAUUAAGGGCAUUGGCGAGUACGUCAACAUGCUGACAGGUAUGCCGUGUAAUCUGCAUCCAAGUGCUGCGUUGUUUGGGCUCGGAUACACGCCAGACUUUGUGGUGUAUCAUGAGCUUAUCUACACUAGUAAAGAGUACAUGCAGUGCGCUACAGCAGUGGAAGGAGAGUGGUUGGCGGAGCUAGGACCGAUGUUCUUCAGUGUCAAGGAGUCGUUCCAGUCCCGAUUACUUAAGCGGAUGAAGGAGAAGGAGGAAGCGGUGGGGAUGGAGCAGGAAAUGGAGGCUUCUAGACACGCUAAAGAGGAAGAAGCCAAGGAGGAUUUAGAGAAGAGAGUUGCAUUGAAUCGGCAGAACAAGAAGCAACGGAUGACCGUGGCUGGUCCUGGACGCUCAGAUCCUCCUACAAGUUCUUCAAAGACAGCGAGACGUCCGCCGCGCCCUCGUCGCUUUGGAUUUUAGUCAAGCAAAUUUCCAGAGUAGAUGCACUAAAGCAGUAGCGUUGGGUCGGCUUUGUGGCUCGAAGGAGCACAUUCGGGUGACCAGAUCCCAUUGCUCGUCGGUGAAAUUAUUCGGUCUUCGCGGUGUUUUCGUCUGGAGAACGUUAGACUUUACUGCUGCGUCAUCCAGACUUUUUCCCCAUGGAAAGUCUCCACUGAUAACUUCGAUGAUGCACAUAGCGAACGAGUAAAUAUCCGACGCCAAAGUCGGUCCUGAACCUGCCAGACAUUCCGGCGCUUUCCAACGAUAUGCGCCAAUUGCUCCUCCCGAGUUUUCAGCCUUUGCAAACACACUCAAGCCAAAGUCUGCGAGCUUGGCUGUUCCAUCACAUACGAGAAUGUUGUUCCCCUUCAGAUCUCCGUGGAUAAUUCCCCGUUCGUGAAGAUAUUCCAGUCCUUUGGCUGCUUCCCAGAUCGCCCUCCAGGUAGGAAAUUCUCUGCGCUCUUCGCUGUAUUUGAUCAAUGUUCCUUCAUCCGCUCGCUCACACACGAAGAAGGGCUGGCCUUCAUGCCACGCACCGUAGAGUUUGAUCAAGUUGUCGUGGUUUAGAGACGCCCAGAGGUUCACUUCGUGGUAAAACUGUCUGCGGUUUUCCUGAUCCGCUUGAUUCGUCAGAACUUGCUUGACUACCACAUCCGUAUUGAACCAUUUACCGAGAUACACGGCUCCAAACGAUCCCUCAGCUAGAUGCUGACCCAGUUCGAUCUGGUAAGCAGGAAUGAACCAUCUCGGGACGUUUGUAUGAUUCAUUGUUUCAUACUGCAGCAACGUAAUGGCCUCUGUCUUGUUGAUUUUUGCUUGGACCAUGUACUCUUCAGGGUUUUCCAUACACUUUUGCAGUGUUUCUUGUUGACAUUGCAGUGUUUGCUGCCAAUCAGGCUGCCAAUGAUGGAUUAAUGCGUUGUUCUGGAGAUAUUUGGUGCUGAGAAUGAGGCGGUCGAUGUCGUGGUGGAGUCCGUAAUUGCGGUUUGCCAUAGUGUUAGCAGCGCAAAGCGUGGCGACGGAGCUGUAAUCGCCUUCUGCUUGCUUGUCAAGACGAAGAUAAAAGCGCCACAAGAUCGAGCCAUAGUCCUCCACUAGCGUCAACGGCAGUGGGUCUUUUACAGCUGCAAGUUGUUCGUAUACAUCGAGCAAACGGUUGUACACGGGGCGGUUUGUAUCGAUAAAGUUCUCCACUUCAUCACACAGUAUGUCGGCGUCUUGAAGGACGUCACUAAUAGUGCGAUCUUCAUCUGGAAGGACAAACGAAUCAACAUGUUUUAUGGACUGAGAAGACCCGAAAUCUUCCUCGUCGCUCCAAAUGUCACGAUCAGUUUGGCUGUGAAUGGAUUCGAGUUUGUGUGUGACCUCGAUCAUACUCAUUCUCUCCUCGGGAUCGUCAGCACACAUUCCUGUCAGUAGAUUCCAUUGCUCCUCAUUAAAGAAGCUUGGUGGACACUCUGGAAGUCGCUGCGUUCGCUUAAAUUCCUCAAGUUCGGAGUCGUCAAAGCUGAAGGAAUCCACGAGAAACUCAAACAUGACGAGACCGAAGGCCAAGAUAUCCGAUUUAACGGAUUCUUGGUCUUUAAUACGAGUCAAAUUGAGACCACUCAACACCCCUUUGAACUCGUACAACGACUGGAGAUUGUCCAAGCUCAAUUUUUCAUGAACUAGGCCACGUUCAUGCACGUACUUUAAACCAAGAGCACAGCCAUACAUGUAGAACCAAGGGUUAAUGUUUGGGUAGCGUGAUACAGUCAGUUCAUGAAUCACGUACGGGUUUCCGACAUGACACGCUCCGUAAAACUUGCGAACAUGAGGAUGAUGCAGAGGCGCCCACGUACUCACGUGCCUCAAACAAGUCUCUUCUUCUCCAAUAGAGAAUUUUUCGGAGUGAGACCAACCUCGUUUAUCCGUCGCAAACCAAUCCGGAAUCGUCACCACCACAACGUUCGAUGUGAGAACCACCUUAUCAAACACCUGAGCGAUUAGAUCCAGCUCCAUAGGCAGCAAUACGUCUCCAAACUUCUCGACGCCGUAUUUCAUCAUCGUUAACAGCUCCAAUUGUUGCACACUGUCCCCAAUUUCACUCU